AAUUUUUACCCUCUUUUACUCUCUCAUUUUACCAAACCUCCUUUCACCGAAACCCUUGGAAACCUUAAAAAAUGGAGCCCUUCACCGGCGACCGUGGAGUUCCGGACCCCGAGGAGGCCUUCCCAGACCACGUCACUCCAUUUCCCGAUACGAUGGACCUGAUCUAUGAUCACCAGACGGCAGCAGUUCACUCGCCCGAGUUGGUAGCGCACCUCCAAAACCUGCCGCCGCAGAAGCUCCGCCCGAUUAGGUGCUUCAACUUCCGGUCUCCGGAGAAACUGGAGGAAACCCAAGGGAGGUUCUCUCCGGAGGAGCCGGAGGAGGAGGUGGCGCUUGGUUCUGUCAACGGUCCCGUUGCCGAAGUGCCGGGGGAGUGCUUUGUGCAUCCGAUGAAGGUAGAAGUCGGUGAGGCCUUCGAAAUCGGGAAAGGUAGUUUGACGUCGGAUGAUCCGGAAAGGUUCGGGUCGGUUACUGGUUGGGGUGAGUGGGGUCCGAACUGUGUGGACGAGGACGUAGAGUCUGGAACCUCAAGCUCUUCUUCAGAUGACGAUUCCACAGCAAACAUCAAAGAACCAAUGAACCGUAAGAGAAAGGGAAAAUCAAGUGGAAAACUUGAGCAUUUUUUGGAAAGUUUGGUGAAUAAAGUGAUGGAGAAGCAAGAGCAGAUGCAUAAACAGUUGAUAGAGAUAAUAGAGAAGAGGGAGAAGGAGAGAAUAAUCAGAGAAGAAGCUUGGAAGCAGCAGGAGAUGGAAAGGAUGAAAAGGGAGGAGGAAAUGAGAGCCCUACAGACGUCUCGCAGCCUAGCCCUGAUUUCCUUUAUUCAGAAUCUGUCAGGCCAGGAAUUCCCACUUCCACAGCCAGUAAACACCCAAUGCAAGGAAGAAGACGGUUCUGAAAUUGGUAUGGAACCCGACAUCAAAUGUGACCCAAAUGGUAAAAGAUGGCCAGAAGCUGAAGUACAAGCGCUGAUAACUCUUCGAGCUGCUUUGGAGCAUAAGUCUUGCCUUACUGGCUCUAAACGAUCUAUGUGGGAGGAGAUCUCUGUGGGAAUGUGGGGUAUGGGCUAUAACCGGACUGCAAAGAAAUGUAAGGAAAAAUGGGAAAACAUCAACAAGUACUUCCGAAGGUCAAUGGAAAGUGGGAAGAAGCAUUCUGCUAAUGGUAAGACAUGCCAUUAUUUUCAUGAAUUGAACAUGCUGUAUGGUAAUGGACUAAUGGAUCCCGGAUUGCUUGUUAAAAUCACAGACAGUGAGACUGAGGCUAAGAGUGAAAAUGAGUGAACAUUUGUAGUGCUCGACAUUUAUAUGAUUAUCCCUAAUCCUUUAUAAUCUUUUGGCCAAUUGUUAUAAUGGAUCGAGCUUUAAUUGUAUCAGCUUUGAACGUAUAUAUAUAAAAUAUACCCAAAAGAUUAUUUGGCUGGCUAA